AAGUUGCAAGAUGUUCCUUAUUGACACUGUUGUGUUCCAAGGGGUUCUUCAUGUGGAUGGUGUCCAUGGGAGGCCCCCGGAGGAGCCCAGAACUGCAACCCCGGGAGGACCUCCCUGCUGGAACUCCCAGGAAUGCCCUGGUUGAUCCUUAAGUAAAAUAAAAAUCUAUCCCAUAAAGGGCUUUCAUGAAGAAAUUAAAGAGAGAAAUUACAAGUAAUAGAGAAACUAGGAAUUGUACACUGGAGAAACCACCUAAAAUAACUGUAUGGAGUAAGACAAAAGGAGUGAAUACAUCUGGAAGAAAUUUUUCUUUGUAUGAUAUUUUUGCCCACUUUUCUGUCAUAAAGUCUGCUAAGGAAGAAAUAAUAUAGUUUUCUAGAGAACGAACAAGUGUAAUGUAAACAUGGAAGCGACAGUUUCUGAAAUUCAAGUCGAAAGCAAGGACGAGAAGAGACCAACAGAAGUUAGUCCUCAAGAUGAGCGGCAGGAGGAAAAAGCAUCAAUGCUUUGCUUCAAGAGAAGAAAGAAAGCAGCCAAAGAAAUGAAGCCCAAAGCUAGCUCUAAAGCUGCUGGUGCAGCAAGAACCUGUCCCCCAGAAGCAGGAGCUUCUGAUCAGCCACAGCCCCCUGGGGGGGCCUGGGCGUCAAUCAAACGUCUUGUAACACACAGGAAAAGGUCAGCAUCUUCAAAGCAGCAAAAGCCCUUUGAGGCUCAAGUGCAACCUGAAAUCAGUGCUGAGGACACUGAUCUUUCUAAGAAAAAGGCAAAAUCCAGACUUAAGAUUCCCUGCAUAAAAUUCUCAAAAGGAGAAAAAAGAAGUAGCCGUUCCAAAAUUACAGAAGACUCCGACUGCAGCCUCAGAGUCCAGGGAGAGGCUGAACGUUUGGGUACAGAAGCUCUGACCAUUCAAUUGGAUGACCAGGCAGCCACGCCCAAGUUGCCCCAGGACGUGAGUAAAGAUGUCUCAGAGAAAGGGGGCGAUGAGGUCUGUGAGCCAAAUGUGAGCAACCGCACAGCUGCGCCUGGGGAAAAAGUGAUUGCAGUGGAACUUGGGUCAGACACAGGGCAUCCUGCCAUCCACACGGGAACUCUAGUCCUUGAAAGAGAUACUGAAACGACAGAGGAAGAACGAAGGGUUCAACCCCAGCAGGCAAGCCCGCUUGAAACUUCAGAAACACAUCAACUACCGGUGGUUUCGGAUGUUCCUCCCUUGCCUGCAAUCCCAGAUCAGCAAAGUGUGGAAGAGGCCAAAAACAAUAUCCUAGAAAGUGGACCAAAUCAGAAACAGCACGAAAGUGAAGAGAUUGUUGCUGAAGGGAGUGAGCCAAAAGAUACUGAACUGAGCCAGGAAUCAGAACUUAGAGGAAAUGAGGUCACUGCAGAGAAACCAAAACCAGAAGAAAGCAAAAGAAUGGAGCCGAUUGCUAUUAUUAUUACAGACACUGAAAUCAGCGAAUUUGAUGUUAAGAAAUCUAAAAACGUCCCUAAGCAAUUCUUAAUUUCAAUUGAAAAUGAGCAAAUAGGGGUUUUUGCUAAUGAUAGUGGUUUCGAGGGUAGAACUUCAGAACAAUACGAAACCCUCUUAAAAGAAACGGCUUCUUCUCUUGUCAAAAAUGCUAUCCAAUUGUCUAUAGAACAGCUGAUUAAUGAAAUGGGCUCUGAUGACAAUAAAAUAAACAAUCUUCUGCAGUGACUUAAUUUCCAGAUCAUGGGAGGAAAGAAAAAGCUUAAUGCUGAAUUAUUUUACAUAUUUGUGGCAUUUCUUAUUCAGUAACAAAUGAGAGGUUUAUCAUCUGUGGAAUUUAAAGGUAUAGCUCCAAUCCAGAAGUGCUAAAGAAUUAAAUAUAUAAAACCCUUCCUCCCCCUGAGAUGUAGUCACUUCUGGAUGAGAGGGAGCCUGUACAGAUUGCACUGCACAGUGACAUACAGGGAGUUGCAAAAAUGACAUGUGGAGAUUGGGGUGCUUGGGGAAGGAAGCUGUAUUAAUUGAGCACUUAACGGUGUGACGUAAAACUCUCUUCUGCUCUCUGAUGUCACAAAGCCUGGUUUCCCUUUGAUAGUUCAGUCCUGUGAAUAGGUAAACCUCACAUUCGAUUUUCAAAACUUUUUUUUCCCUCAGUGCACUUUUAUGUUUAAAAUGGUGAAUUAGGUGAGCUGUUUUUGUGUACAUGUGAUUUAUAGUUGUUACAGACUCAUAGGCAGUAGUCGUACCUCAAAAUAAUAUUGCCUCUUCCAAAUUUCAGCAGAAAUUUGUGCAUAUUUGAAUUAAACUUGAGUGUUUCUCUAGUCCUGCUUAAAUACUAUACAAAAGCUAUUCACGAUUUACUUCAAACAGACAUAAUUACCAAGUGCAAACUUGUAGACACAGGUAGGGCAUUUUCCCUCUCCAUCUUCUGCCUCCAGCAGACCUGUAUAAAGCCAUUUCUGCAUGGGGUCGGCUACUGAAGAGUUUAGAAACGAAACCCAAAAAGCUAAACAGCAACAGCAAAAACAAAAAGAGUGAGAUCAUUGUUUUCCAUCCAGGGGAAGGCAAACUGCCCCAGAUAACAUAGGGUUCAUCUUACAGGAUUGCUUCUCUGGAGACCACAUUCAUCAACUCUCCUCAAAGAGGGAACAUGAAUUCAAAGCCAGCCUGGCAGUUAAAGGUACUAGGAAAUCAUAAUAACUGAAUGAAAAUAUUACUCAUUCUUGACCAAGAAGGAGCCAAGUACAUAGCUGAAUAGAAAGUGCAAAGUUAUCGCUAAAGCACAUUGUAUUUUAAAUAUCAGUGUUCUCUCAUUGUGCCUAUGUGUUGAGAUACCAGGAACAAACAUUUUACAUGGAUUUUGAAAAGUAACUUUUUCAUCAGUAUUUUCAAUCCAGCUAAUCCCUUACAAAAAAAAAUGAACUUAAUGUAAUAAUAACAAGGGCUCAUUUGCAUUUUAUUUGGUAUUUAAAUCAUUGAUCUCAUUAAUGAUUGCUGUAUUUUUUGAAAAAGUAAUUCCAUUUUGAUCUUUGCUUGUGUCACAUGGCCAUAAUACUUCAGUACACUUCCCUACCUCACAGGUAAAGAUUCAAACUGUGGAGUCCCCCACUAAGUGUCAGCAUUACUCCGAAAAUGGAUGAAGUAUGAAGAACUAGCCAUUUGAAAUUGAGUUGUAAGGUAUUUGUUAAAGAAUAUUCAUACAUUCUUGGGGAAAUGAGUGCAUAUUGGGUGAUUGGAAAUGAUCUAGGUGACUUCCAGCAUUAUCAUGUAUAGAAGGUAUGUGCUAAUUUGUCCUAUGGAACCUUCUUCAUUUCUUGCUGUGAGUACCUCUUGGGGCCUCUGGCAGAAAAACCUAAUCUGACUUUGGAACUGAACCAAAUAAUGGAUAUUAUUAGCAAGAUUCUUUCCUGAGGUGCAAAAUUAUCCCCCCAGACUUUCCUGCCUUCAUGCCUAUAACCUUGGGAGCAGAAACCCACAAAAAUCCUUCAAUUUGGCAACAUGAAAGUGGAUUUUCAAAACACAUGACCCAAGAAUGAAUUUCUUUCAGUAUACAAUUUUUAAGCAUUUAAAAAAGACUGCUAAGUCAUUCUCCCUAAAUCUACUCUUUUUCAUUCACUCUGUGUGGUGCUAAUGGACUUGGAUGGCUACCAGCUACCAGCAAAUAUCAGAUCAUAUUUAAAAGUGAACAAUUGUUAAAAACCUGAUCAAAGUUGGUGCGUUUUAACAGUGUUUUGAAGAAUCCUGUCUUCAUUUACCACAAGAAUGGCUUGCAUUGUAAACUUUUUAGUAAUCUCUCAUAAAUGAGUACAGAGCACAGCACUUGCCAGUGAUUGAAAAUAGUUUGGAAGGUUUAGGCAUAUUUCUUUGGGAGUUUUAAAAACAUGUGAGACAAAUAUGUGUAAUUAUUUUUGUUAAAGAAAAAACACUUCCUCUAGUCCUAGGUUUGUACUUUUCUUUUCCACUACGGUUUGAUAUAUAUUUUUGGUUAGAUGUAUUAUAAUUGAUUGUUUCUGUGGUAAGAUGUAUACUCUACUUGCAUUCAUCUUAAGUGGUUUUUCCUUAAUCUUUCCUAUUCAGAAUAUCUGGUGAGUUAAGUAAGUAGGAUUCCAGUUUGAAAAAGGAAUCCAGAAAUUAAUUGGUCUCCAUCUGAAUACACCUGCCACAUGGCCAAAUCCUAUGAAAUGAAUUCUAAGGUGGUCCAGACUGUAUUCUGUAGAAACAAGCAGGAAUCAGAUAACUUGAAAGCCUCUUAUAUAAAAUGUUUCAUUUCGGUUGUAUUUAUUUUAAGCAAUUCGACCGUAUACACCAGACAGUAAAUGAAUUUAAGUAGGUUCCUAUUUAAUUCAUAUCCAUCUGACAUGAUUAAAAUGAUCACUUAAAAGGCGAUUCAAUAACGCUACAUUAAUUUUAACUUGAAUUUGCUGUGGUAUAAAUCCUACUUUUAAUGAACAUUUAUUAAUUAGUUGGGAUUCAGUUUCUCUUUGAGCUUAGGUGGGUUGGUUUACUGGAUGCUUGUUAAUUUUUUCACCAUAUUAUCUUCCCCCUUUUAAGACUCAAGUAUUAUUCACUUUGCUUUACAACCCAGUGAAUAUGAAAACCCUCUCUUAUUUUCUGUAGCACUAUUCACUUAACAUUUUCUCAAAGUACUUUAUAGGAUAUAAAAAUAGUACUGGGUAACAUCAAGUAAAGGCAGCAGAAAACAAAAGAACUUUCAAACAGAAAUUAUGUUCCCUGCCACCUCCUCCACUUCAAAGAAUAAUAAGCAUGUGGCACAAAUGGAGUUCUUCAGAAAAGCUAUCUGCAUAAUUUUCUUUCAAGGUAACGCAUUUGACAGCACAAAGAUCUUAAUUGGUCUACUAUUUAGUGGAGUCUAAGAAACUCUGAUUUAUUUCUGAGAGAUUAUCUUAUUUCACCAGUAUUUGUGAAAAGCCUUACUGCUAAAGGCCAUUUCGUCAUGGGAGGGCACCAGUCAAGUGGGCUUCUGCAUGCAAUCCAGAGUUAACUUCGUAAAUGUUUAACUUCCAGUUGCCUUAUUUUUUAUAGUUAUGCGUUAAUUUGCAGGGGUGGGGGGUGUACAGCAGAAUUUUUUACAUAAUUGUCACGCUUUAGAAUCCCAUUGUUUGGAAAGAUCUUUUAACCUCAACUUUAUUGAGAUACGUAGUCUUUCUAAUUUCAUCUGAUACUCGGUACAUCAGAGGUUGACUUUUAUGCCUCCCAUUUCUGCCUUUUUUUAAAGUCCUCAUUUACGGUUCUGGGUUCUUUAGGUCCCAAUUCCUAUGAUGUCUUAUUGUGUAACAUCAAGUUUCUUAUUAUACGGAAUUCAAAAUGUCGAUCAAUAGUACACUAUAUGAUACAUUUUUGAAAAAAAGUUCUCGCAAUCCUUAUUUAGUUACAAAAAUUAAACAGAAGGAAGCUACAUGAAAUUUAGAUGUCCUGAUUAAAUUCAAUUUGGUUCAACAUGUGUUGGGUAUAACAUAUGCCCAGCACUGUUUGGUGAACGAGACGGGCUCCCAGCCCUCCAAGAGCUCAAUCCAGGCAAGCAGCGACCUCGGGAACUGAGGCCGGGAUGAAGUAAGGCAGAGGGUCACAGGCAGCGCAGCAUCACGGGUACCGGAGAGGGGAGAAUAAAGAGACGCUGGCUCAUUCGUCCAGUGGAGGGGGGGGGGUUCAUCAUCUAAAUCCAGGGACAGUUUGAAAAAGCAUUCAGUUUCUAAAUAGUUACACAGUUAUAUUCAUUAUGAUUUGUGAACAGGUGCAGAAAAAAGCCUGCAUAAUGUUACAUAUUUAUAGUAGUUCUUUGUCUGUAAAAAAUGUUAAGUGGAUGAGCUAUUACGAAAGUAAAAAUUCCAUUUUGUAUUUCACAUUAAAAUUAGUUCUAUAGGACUGUGGAUCAGAUGCUAAUAUUAAAGAAAUACUCUGUAGAAAAAAAGGUUUCAACCUGAAUUAAUAUAUGUACUAUUAAUAUAGAAUAAAUGUUAUAUUGGCUCAUGCUUA